GCGCGUGAGCACGCGGGCGGGCAUGCGAUAGGCGUCCGAGGGCCAGCGCCAGCGCCAUACGAAGUUCGCAACGAGUGGAGCGCGAGCGAGCGAGCGAGUCGGAGACUGCGAGAGAUCAGAGACAGAGAAGCAGGCGAUUCUCUGCGGCCAUGGCUGCAUCUGCUUGCGUCUGCCGCUUGGCUCCUGCCCCGGCCGCGUUCGUCUCCUCGGCGCUUGAUUCUUCGUCUCUCUCGACCCACAGAGCCUCGUUCAGUCGUUGCAAAAUCGCGCUCAGAAAUGGCUCUUCUUUCACCCAAAUUGGAGAACCGCAGCGCGGCAAUUUCGUUUUUAGAAUAAAUGCGGGUGAAAUUGGGGACUUCGGAGCAAGGGAUCCUUUCCCGCAGGAGAUUGAAAGCAACUUCGGAGACAAGGUCCUGGGACAUGCAGGAACCGAGCACAUUAUCCUCAUUCCUAGCUCUCUUCUGGGUCUGUCGGAGAAGAGCUGCCAACCUUUGGAGCCUGGGACCCAGCCUCUAUCGGAAGUGGAAGCGAAAGCGCUGCUCCGAAAGGUAAUUGGCUGGAGACUUAUCUCAAAUGAGAAAGGUUUGAAGAUUUUUUGCGAGUGGAAUGUAAAGGAUUUCGGAUCAGGAGUCACCCUUAUAGACAGAAUUGCAGUUGUAGCCAGUUCCGAGGAGCAUUAUCCCGAACUUCAUCUCGAGCGUGGAAACAAAGUCAGAGCCGAAAUCUCCACCCAGUCCAUCGGAGGUCUGAGCGAGAACGACUUUAUCCUGGCUGCCAAGAUCGACAAGAUCCAAACUUCGGAUUUAGUGAAGAAGACCAGGUUCUGGGCUUGAGAUUCAUCUUCAUGAAACAGAUGAAGAGGAAGAAAACAAGUUAGCUACCGUAGGUCACAAAUACAAAAUUGAAUAACCUCUUUAGGACCCACGCAUUCUAAUGCACUCCAUUAUUUUAGUCAAACAUAAUUUUGUAGAAAUGUAGUGCAUUUCUACUUGCCCCUAUCUCGCCUUCACAAGAUGGGUGUAACUCGUGUACUGUACUGUAUUUGAUGUUCCACCCAAUUACAGAUUUGACUUCCGAUUGCAUCUGGUCUUCGUUGGACAUUCUUUACUU